CGUAAUUAUUGUAUGUCGAAUAUUGCUUGAUUCACAUGAUGGAAAUAAUCAUUAUUUGUUAGAUGAAAAAAUUCGAGAAAAAUUAACAUUUUUCCUGGGUAUGUUCGCUAUGUCUUUUUGCUUCUAUUGUUGUUGUUGUUUCUGUUGUGGUGGUUCAUUAUGCCGAUGGAUUGCAAAUUGUCACCGCAAAUUUUUCGAUCCAUCCAAAUUAUUAUCAGGUGCAAUUAAAACAAUCGAAGAAGCACCUGCAACACGCAAAAGACGAAAAAAUCCAUUCUUCAUCUUUGAUGUUUCCAAUAAUGGUGAUUGUAUGAUGGUUGAUGUAGCAAAUAACGAAAAGUCUUAUGCAUUUGCUAAUGACGCAUUUACGAAUUCAUCCGAACAUCGAUCAAAUCAUAGUAAUAAUUCGAAAAGAAUUCUAAUACCAAAUGAUGACAAAUUGGCCAAUUAUUCAAAGUUCAAAUGUCAAUUUCAACGUAGGAAAAGUCUUUAA